UAGCACUGGCAGCCCGUCAAAUUCGAGCUGCCACAGAAUUUUCUUAAAAAAAAACGAGCCUUUUUGAAGUGGUUCAACAUGGCAGGAGAUCAGGCGCAAUUUUAUCAAUUACUAAAUACUUUAUUAUCAACAGAAAAUGACAUCAGAUCCCAGGCGGAGGAAGCUUACAACAACAUUCCAACAGAAACAAAAGUAGUUCACCUUGUGGGAGCCGUACAGAAUGCAGGACUCGCAGAGGAUGGCCGCCAAACUGCGGCCGUGCUGUUGCGCCGACUGCUCAGCGCCGAGUUCUUUGAGUUCUUCCCCAAACUGCCCGUGGAGCAGCAGGCCCUGCUCAAGGAGCAACUACUUAUCACACUACAAAUGGAAGUCACACAGCAACUCCGAAGAAAGAUCUGCGAUGUCGUAUCGGAAUUGGCAAGGAACUUGAUUGAUGACGAUGGCAACAACCAGUGGCCCGAGUUUCUGCAGUUCAUGUUCAACUGUGCUGCUUCCCCCGACGCCAACUUGAAGGAGGCCGGCAUCAGAAUGUUUACAUCCGUGCCCGGAGUCUUCGGCAACCUCCAGAACCAGAACCUGGACAUGAUCAAGCGCAUGCUGUUCUCGGCGCUGCAGCCGUCCGAGAACGAGGCGCUACAGGUGCAGGCGGUGAAGGGCAUCGGGGCCUUCAUCCUGCUGCACGACAAGGAGCCCGCCAUACAGAAGCACUUCAGCGAUCUGCUGCUGCCCAUGAUGCAGGUGGUGAUGAACACGAUGGAGAAGGCGGAUGAUGACGCCGCCCUGAAGGUGCUCAUUGAGUUGGCAGAGACGGCGCCCAAGUUCCUGAGGCCACAGCUGGAGCCCAUCUUCCAAGUUUGCAUCAAGAUGGUAAGCGACGCGGACGCCGAGGACAACUGGCGACAACUCGCCCUCGAGGUGAUGGUGACGCUGUGCGAGACGGCGCCGGCGAUGGUGCGCAAGCAGGUGCCGGGCGCCGUGCGCACGCUGACGCCGCUCGUGCUCGAGAUGAUGUGCGACCUGGAGGACGAGCCCGACUGGGCCGUGCAGGACGACGCUGCUGAUGAUGAUAAUGAGAACAACAACGUGGUAGCGGAGUCAGCUCUCGACCGCAUGUGCUGCGGUCUCGGCGGCAAGAGCAUGCUGGGGCUGAUCGUGGAGCAGGUGCCGGGCAUGCUGGCGUCGGAGGACUGGCGCCGCCGCCACGCCGCGCUCAUGGCCGUCUCGUCCGCCGGCGAGGGCUGCCACAAGCAGAUGGAACAGAUGCUGGAGCAGGUCGUGUCUGCCGUGCUCAACUACCUCACUGACCCGCACCCACGCGUGCGCUACGCCGCUUGCAACGCAGUCGGUCAGAUGUCCACUGACUUCGCGCCCAUUUUCGAGAAGAAAUUCCACGACAGAGUUGUACCUGGACUGCUUCUGGUACUCGACGACAAUGCCAACCCCCGCGUGCAGGCUCACGCUGCGGCUGCUUUGGUAAACUUCAGUGAAGACUGUCCGAAACCCAUUCUGACUCAAUACCUUGACCCAUUGAUGAACAAACUUGAGGCAAUCCUGACAGCUAAAUUCAAGGAGCUGGUAGAGCGCGGCACAAAGCUGGUGCUGGAGCAGAUCGUGACCACCAUCGCGUCGGUCGCCGACACCGUGGAAAAGGACUUCGUGAUCUACUACGACCGCCUGAUGCCGUGCCUCAAGUACAUCAUCGCCAACGCCACCACCGACGAGCUGAAGAUGCUUCGCGGCAAGACUAUCGAGUGCGUCAGUCUGAUCGGUCUGGCAGUAGGCGAGGAGAAGUUCCUGGCGGAUGCCUCGGAGGUGAUGGACCUGCUGCUGAAGACGCACACGGAGGGCGACCAGCUGCCGGCCGACGACCCACAGACCUCCUUCCUCAUCUCCGCCUGGUCGCGCAUCUGCAGGAUCAUGGGCCAGAAGUUCUCGCAAUACCUGCCGAUGGUGAUGGAGCCGGUGAUGCGCACGGCCGCCAUGAAGCCCGAGGUGGCGCUGCUGGACAACGACGACCUGGAGACCAUCGAGGGCGACCUCGACUGGCACUUCGUCACGCUCGGCGAGCAGCAGAACUUCGGCAUCAAGACUGCCGGCCUAGAAGACAAGGCGUCCGCCUGCGACAUGCUGGUCUGCUACGCGCGCGAGCUCAAGGAAGCGUUCGCCGAGUACGCCGAGGACGUGGUCAAGCUAAUGGUGCCGAUGCUGAAGUUCUACUUCCACGACGGCGUGCGCACGGCGGCGGCUGAGUCGCUGCCCUACCUGCUGGAGUGCGCGCGCAUCCGCGGCCCGCAGUACAUCCAGGGCAUGUGGGCGUACAUCCUGCCCGAGCUGCUCAAGGCCAUCGACGCCGAGCCCGAGCCGGAGGUGCAGGUCGAGCUGUUGAACAGCCUCGCCAAGUGCAUAGAGCUGCUGGGCGGCGGCUGCCUGACGGACGAGACGAUGGCGGAGGUGCUGCGCAUCCUCAACAAGCUGCUCAGCGAGCACUUCGAGCGCGCCACCGAGCGCCACCAGAAGCGCACCGACGAAGACUACGACGAUGUGGUAGAAGAACAACUAGCUGACGAAGACAACGAGGACGUCUACGGUCUAUCUCGCGUGGCUGACGUCCUCCACGCGCUCAUGUCGGCGUACCGCGACGCGUUCUACCCGCACCUGGACCAGCUGCUGCCGCACCUCGUGCAGCUGCUGGCGCCCGGCCGCCCCUACGCCGACCGCCAGUGGGCCAUCUGCAUCUUCGACGAUGUCAUUGAGUUUGGAGGACCAGCAUGCAUCAAGUACAAGGACAUAUUCCUGGAGCCGAUGCUGUCGGGGCUGCGCAGCUCGGAGCCGGAGGUGCGGCAGGCGGCGGCGUACGGCUGCGGCGUCCUAGCCCAGUUCGGCGGCGACCAGUUCGCGGCGGCGUGCGCGCAGGCCGUGCCGCUCCUGGCCGCCGUCAUCAGCGAGCCCGACGCGCGCUCCGUCGAGAAGGUCAACUCAACAGAAAACGCAAUCUCGGCCGUCACCAAGAUCAUCAAAUAUAACCACACGCAAAUCAAUAGGGACGAAAUUAUUGCUCAUUGGCUGACUUGGCUCCCAGUGGUUGAGGACAACGAGGAGGCGCCGCACGUGUACUCGCUGCUGUGCGAGCUGGCGGCCAGCGGGCACCCCGUGCUGGGCACGCCGGACGCGCCGCGCCACAUCCUCGCCACGCUCGCGGAGGCCUUCCUCAAGGACGCCGUGCCCACAGACAACCCCGUCUACGGACAGAUGGUGGCGCUCUUGCGUCAGAUACAGAGUAAUGCUGCGCUAUUCACCGCCUGCCUCGGCUCGCUGAGCAACGAACACAAGGAGGCGCUGCAGCUGGCGCUGUCCGCGUAGGGCGCCGCGACGACUAUUUAUUAUGUACUCACCCAUCGCCAAUCACAAUGUACCCGCCCUCACCCCAGACAACGUCCCCUCCACCAUCGCUAACCUGCAUCCCGCCUCAUGAUCCACUAAUGUUAAGUACUGUACCAGUAAAACCUAUUUAUUAUUGUUGUACACGACUAGUGUCCGUCUUGACUGCCGUCAUUGAAAUUGUUGUAACGAUAUAAUGAACUUCUUUCCUUUUCAAGGAUUAUGUUUCCCUAGAUCUCAACAUGCUAGCGAGAACAUCUGUUUUGGUGUAAUUAAAUUACUGUGAUAUAUUUUUUAUACUGAUCAAUAAUUUCAUGCUUCGCCCAUGCAUCUCAUGUAGCACCUUCGACGUUGGUUGUCGAUUUCGAAACUUUUUGAUGUUUUUUUCUUAUACCAACUUUGUAAGCAAUGCUGUGCUUAUAUUUGAUAAAGGUUGCCAUAUAUCAGCUACUAUAUGGGAUUUUGGUGGCUGUCUCUCGCAAUGGAUGCUAUGUUAUACAACGUCUUUUGGACGUCAUUGUCUGUUUGUAAGAAAUAAUUUUAUUCAUUAAAUACAUAUGAAUAUUAUAUAUACAUUUCUUUGUUUUAACUAAAAUAAAAGUUAUUGACAUUUAUUUUA